AUGCGUCUGCUAUACUAUUAUGGGCUCUCGGCCUUGGAACUCAUCUUUCUGUGCCAACCUGUGAACGCAAUCACUCCCACUGGCGGAAACCAAACCGACGCUGCUGCCCUCACGUCGUCCAGUUCUGUGUCUGCUCGUCUGGACACGACCGCGUUCGUCGCGUCCGAGCGUGGGACGCCACGCACUGCCGCUAGGGACCAGAAGGUCGACGAGAGGGCGUAUGAAUUGAAGCUGCCGCUUGUAUCAGAGUUAUUCGACUGGGCGAUAAUGAGCUUAGAAGGCCACGUGCACCCACGGGCACUACCGCUCGCUGACGAUGCUGCCAUGCACGUGAUCGAGGGCCCUGUUGUGAUUAGGGGGAAGAUUGUCAAAUGGAGAGAGUUCGAGCAGCUCAUGUGCAGGGAGCUCCAAAGUCAACAGGACGGCUGGAACUACCGUGACGCGGUCGAAUUUCUGACGAAACCUGUGCUGAGGGACGGCCAACAGGAGCCGCGCGUAGACCUCGUCGAUCUCGUGCACUUCUUCCAUUUCUUUCGAAGCGCCGAUGGCAUGGAGAAGCACGCCGACAGCAUGCAGAGGAUUCUAGCUGCCCGGUAUCCAGCGGAAACGUUGGUGACAAUGAUGCGGCUAUGGAUUCGGUCGAAAUUGAGUCCGGAGGUUGUUUACGGCAUACUUCCUGCUGGUUUAGAAGAAAAACUCAUGGAGGGCCGGCCGAGUGAACUCAGACGCUCCGUUUUCCGCGAAGCACGUGACAGCAUGGACUGCUACAUUGCUUUGUACCGCAAGUACGGGAACCCUGCUUACAGCGUCGAUGCCGAAAAGAAGCUGAUGAAGUUUUAUCGUGACCUGCCAGUAAGCACGCGGAGAAACAGUGACGGCUUGCCAGAAAGCUCACGAAAAGCAUCGGACACAAGCGCAACAACGAGCUCAGCUUUGUUGGGGCGUGACCCAAGAGAGAGGUCGUGA